ACAGACAAUAUACUGAAUUUGACAUCCUGCUGAAGUCACAGAUAAUGAGGACUUACAAUUGCCUGCCAUUAUUCAUCUGGACCUAUAUGUUUUACACAGUUGACACCAUCCUAUUGCAAGAAAGAGCUAACAGUCAUUUACCAAGCAAAAAGAUAGUGGGUCUGACAAAAGAUGAUGGUAAAAUGUUACGUCGCACCAAGCGUGGCUGGAUGUGGAAUCAGUUCUUCUUGUUGGAAGAAUACACAGGCACAGACACGCAAUACGUAGGCAAGCUUCACACUGACCAAGAUAAAGGAGACGGAAAUUUAAAAUACAUAUUAACAGGAGACGGGGCUGGCAGUCUGUUCGUUAUAGAUGAAAAUACAGGAGACAUUCAUGCUGCAAAGAAACUAGACAGAGAAGAAAAAUCUUUGUACAUUCUUCGUGCCAAGGCUAUAGACAGAAAGACUGGGCGGCAGGUGGAACCGGAAUCAGAAUUUAUCAUUAAAAUCCAUGAUAUCAAUGACAAUGAACCAAAAUUUACAAAAGACUUAUACACUGCCAGUGUUCCUGAAAUGUCUGGAGUCGGUACAUCUGUUAUACAAGUGACGGCAACAGAUGCAGAUGACGCCAACUAUGGAAAUAGUGCCAAAGUGGUCUAUAGCAUAUUGCAAGGACAACCGUAUUUUUCAGUGGACCCAGAAUCAGGCAUAAUAAAAACUGCAUUACCAGACAUGAGCAGAGAAAAUAGAGAGCAGUACCAGGUGGUUAUACAGGCCAAAGACAUGGGCGGCCAGAUGGGAGGUCUUUCUGGAACCACCACAGUGAACAUCACUCUGACAGAUGUCAACAACAAUCCUCCUCGAUUUCCACAGAGUACGUAUCAAUUUAAUUCCCCUGAGUCUGUACCUCUUGGAACACAUCUUGGAAGGAUAAAAGCCAAUGACCCUGACGUGGGAAAAAAUGCUGAGAUGGAAUAUAGCAUUGCUGAAGGAGAUGGUGCAGACAUGUUCGAUGUCAUCACUGACAAGGAUACACAGGAAGGGAUUAUAACUGUCAAACAGAAUUUAGAUUUUGAAAACAAAAUGCUGUAUACUAUAAGAGUGGAUGCAAGUAACACUCACCCUGAUCCACGAUUCUUACACCUGGGACCUUUUAAAGAUACAGCUGUGGUCAAAAUAUCCGUGGAAGACAUAGAUGAGCCUCCUGUAUUCAGUAAAAUCUCCUACUUAAUAGAAGUGGAUGAAGAUGUAAAGGAGGGCAGCAUCAUUGGACAGGUUACAGCAUAUGACCCAGAUGCCAAGAACAAUUUAAUCAAAUACUCAGUUGAUCGGCAUACUGAUAUGGAUCGUAUUUUCGAUAUCUACUCAGAAAAUGGCUCUAUUUUCACUUUGAAGACCCUUGACCGAGAAUCAUCCCCUUGGCACAACAUCACUGUUACAGCCACAGAAAUAGAUAAUCCAAAACAAAGUAGCCACAUUCCUGUCUUCAUCAGAAUUCUAGAUAUCAAUGACCACGCUCCCGAAUUUGCUAUGUACUAUGAAACAUUUGUUUGUGAAAAUGCAAAACCUGGGCAGUUGAUUCAGACUGUCAGUGUCAUGGACAAGGAUGACCCUCCCCGAGGCCACAAAUUCUUCUUUGAACCAGUACCAGAAUUUCCUCUCAAUCCCAACUUCACCAUUGUAGACAAUAAAGAUAAUACAGCAGGAAUCAUGACUCGAAAAGAUGGCUACAGUCGCAACAAAAUGAGCACCUAUCUACUUCCAAUUUUAAUCUUUGACAAUGAUUAUCCAAUUCAAAGCAGCACAGGCACGCUCACUAUUCGUGUGUGUGCCUGCGAUAAUCAAGGGAAUAUGCAAUCCUGCACGGCAGAGGCCCUGAUCCUCUCGGCUGGCUUGAGCACGGGAGCUCUCAUCGCGAUUCUGCUCUGUGUCCUCAUACUGCUUAUUUUGAUAGUGCUGUUUGCGGCACUGAAGAGGCAAAGGAAAAAGGAACCCCUGAUCAUUUCAAAAGACGAUGUCCGGGACAACAUCGUGACCUACAAUGAUGAAGGCGGUGGGGAAGAAGAUACCCAAGCUUUUGACAUCGGCACAUUAAGGAAUCCAGAAGCAAGAGAAGACAGUAAACUUAGACGGGAUGUGAUGCCUGAAACUAUUUUUCAGAUAAGGAGGACUGUGCCUCUGUGGGAAAAUAUUGAUGUACAAGAUUUUAUCCAUCGAAGAUUAAAAGAAAACGACGCAGACCCAAGUGCGCCUCCUUACGAUUCACUGGCAACAUAUGCCUAUGAAGGGAAUGAUUCCGUAGCAGAUUCGCUCAGUUCUUUAGAAUCUCUCACAGCUGAUUGUAACCAAGAUUAUGAUUACCUCAGCGACUGGGGGCCUCGUUUUAAAAAACUUGCCGACAUGUAUGGGGGUGAUGAUAGUGACCGAGACUAGGACAUCGUAUGUCUUGAGCAUAUUAGCAGAAGUGCUGUCUAUGUUACUAGAUUGAGUGGCCUGUAUACUCUUCCUUGGAGGAAAUUCAAAAAUCUAAAUUACAAACAAUACCUAGGUGUUGUCUUAGUUAAGGGUUUGCUUAAUCGGUAAGUUAUUGUGAAUGAACACGAAUGACAUAGAUUUUUUAAAAAAGUAAUAAUAACCAGUUCACCUUCUUUGCCUAACAAUCAGAAGGAAAGUAUAUCACAUCAAUAAUCAAGCAAAAUACUUAAAAGGCUUUUUGUGCCUUUUCUUAGAUAUAAGAACUUUAUAAAUGUUUUCGUAACUGACUUUCAGUCACCUUUACUAUUAAAUUAAACAUUGUGCAACUGCUUUGUAAAUUAAUAUGGAAAAAAUAUAUCCCUAAUGAAAUAGGAAUGACUAUUACUGCCAUAUUUAUUUAGUUGAAGAAUGUCUUUGUGUUAAUUCAUUCAUAUUUUUAUAAAUGUAUAUUUAUAUUUUUAUAUUUUUAUGAAAUAAACUAUUUAUAAAAAUACAUUUCAUUUUAUUUAAUUUCUAGAAGCAGUUCUUAUCUCACAAACAACAAAACUGUUUUACAUCUUUAAAUGUAAAACAUGAUUCACUCAGGGAAUA